AUGUCCCAGUGCCUACAGCGUAAACCCCCAGUCUCACACAUCCAAGCGUCCCGCCUUUCAGCAUCGGAAGCCACAACGAUCGCCGCGAGCAGCACUGUCAUGUCCCCAUCCAUCUCCCACGACAAACCAAGACGAGCCAUGCGACACCGAUGGUUCCAUAUUCAUAAGGACAUCCCCGUCCACGCCGUCGUAGCUCAUAGUCCGAGGGUCAGAAUCCACAACCUCGGCUUCCGAGACGAUGACAGCAAUAACGCGUCGGACAGCGUGGCAGACUGGUUGAGCGGGACAUGGCUCAAAGGCCAUGCCGUAAGCCUGCCACUCCGCCACAUAUAUUGGGUUGCUGCUGGAAUAUCCUAUCGCGAUUCCUACCGUUAG